UCCAAGCCAUUUCCAUCUUGUUCUCAAGUAGCUGAGGCUUUUAUGCUGGAAAGCACCACCGGAAGCAUUCUUUCCUCAUUGAAUUUUACUUGACGGUGGUCCACCGCACCCACUGGAAGCUGGAGGCUGCCUGGGAAGCUGGAGCAUCCCUGUUUUGUUACACACCGACCCCCCAGCAUCAGUGAACAAAAAGAAGCAAAGCCAAAGCCUUAUGUUGACCGUCUGAGCAGACAUGGGAUGCGGGUGGGGAAGAACUGGUCAUCCAUCGCUGAGUUAGCUGACCGGGGCUUUUUUAAUUCAACACCACAUCCAACACUAUGGCUAAACAGUACGAUGUUCUCUUCCGACUCCUGCUUCUCGGAGAUUCUGGGGUUGGGAAAACAUGUUUGUUAUGCAGAUUCACGGACAACGAAUUUCACCCGUCUCACAUCUCCACCAUCGGAGUCGACUUCAAAAUGAAGACACUAGUAAUAGAUGGUAUCAAAGUACGGACACAGAUAUGGGACACUGCGGGCCAGGAGAGGUACCAAACCAUCACCAAGCAGUACUACAGACGAGCACAGGGAAUCUUCCUGGUGUACGAUAUCACAAGUGAGCGAUCCUUCCAACACAUCAUGAAAUGGGCCAGUGACGUGGACGAGUAUGCUCCUGAAAAGGUCCAGAAGAUCCUCGUAGGGAACAAGUCAGAUGAGGUGGACAAAAGGCAGGUGGCCACAGAGCAAGGUGUCAAGUUGGCUAAGGCUUAUGGAAUGGACUUCUUCGAGACAAGUGCCUUCACCAACCAUAAUAUAACAGAGACUUUCACACGAUUGGCUGAACAGGUGCUGGCAGCCAAUAAAAAAGACCUGGAUCUUCUCCGAAUGUCCAAUGACGAGCUUAAUCUUGCUGCUCUGGAGGAAGAGGAGGGACUCUGUGACAGCACAGCGGGUGACGAACGCAAAGGCUGUUGGUGUUAAAGUGAUAGCAUGAUUUUUUAUUUUUAUUUUUGGAAUAUACAGUAUGUUGUCACCACACACUUUGCACAGUCUUGGAAGAAUGUGUCUCAUUUUGUGUAGGGCUGAAAUAAAGAGGGACACCUAGCUGCAGUUUUCAAUCCAGCUAGGACUCUCUGUUUCAUUGAGCAAUGCCAAAAAAAACAAAAAAAAAACAAAAACAAAAAAUGAGCCAUUUGAGAGAAGUCCCAAGGACAAAUGUGGAAACAUUUUGCUGCAAAGUGCUAAGCGUGUGGUGAUUUAAUCAACUGAAGGUCCAAAUGUCAAGGUUUCCCUCAGUGGGACAGAAUGUUCAUUGUCUAAAGCACCUCUAGUUCCUGCUCAGUUCAUUGUGUCUUCGAUGUAACCAAAUGCAACACCCGUCCACUACAAACUAAGCAGUUGACACACAGUUGAAAAGACUACAUAGAAAACAUCCAGAAGAUUUUAUCAUCUUUUCUCCAGAGAAUUUGUACAGCAGUCAGGAUGUAGAGGAUAGGAAAUGACUUGGAACUGUUCAACACUGACUUGAAAAUUUCCACAAUGGUGUUGUAUUUUUUCUCAAACCACUGUCUUUGAUAUGCCUUGCAAAUCAACAAUAUGAUUGAUUACAUUUGGCCUUCCUACACCCAUUUUGUGUUUUCAUUUAUGAGAGUAUUAGCACUCUUGCACCCCGUACAUAGCCUUUCUACCACUGAAUGCAUUAGCUGUAGUUUACGAAAUCACCACAAGAGGGUGCUACAUGCAUUCCACAAACAGCUCACACACUGGAGAGUAAGUACAGUUUGUUCUUCUCUUUUAUGUUUGCUUUUGGUUGCAGUUACACUUGCAAAGGCUUCCUUGAAUGGGGUGAAAGGAUUCUUAAUAUAUGCAGCUAUUUUAUUGUUUUACAUGCAAAUGUUGGCUACACUGGAAGUUCUGCAGCUUGUGUCUUUCAUCUCAGCGGUCACAUGAACCUGUUUAAGGCGUUGAGAGGGAGGGAAACGCUGAGAGCAAAAUGAGUCAGUUUCCCUGUAGCAAAACUGAAGAUAUUUUUCAUUUUAUAGCCUUUGUUUAUAGCAGAAAAUAUCCUAGAUUUGGUUGGUUUGAUAACUGCCCAUCGCUGCAUUGUACAUACCAAGUUUUUCACAGCAUUGUAGAUUGAUGAAACCAUGAGAAUACAUAAUUGAUUUAACGUAUUACCAUUAGAGGGCUGUAUUAAAAAAAAUCCACAGUGAUAUUCUAGAUGGUCUGAGAUAUUCCCUCUGUGAAUAUAAUAAUGUCUUGGUCAUUCUGUCCUCACUGUUUUGUCCAGUGGAGAUGCCAUUUCUUUUCUCCCCCUCAGAUUUAACAAGGGACAAGUGAGAGUUCUGCAUGCAAUUCACUCUUCUUUCCUUUCUUUUAUUGCAACUUCAAUGAAGUUAAUAAUCAUCCGACUGUAAUACAAGCAUAGCAUUUGACCAGAGUUGCCUGUCGGAGACUUACACAGAAUGACCAUCAUAGGACAAACUUUGGCUUUUUUUUUUUUUUUUUGCAACUUAGUAUUACUAAAUGCUACUCAAAACAACUGUUAAUGUGUGCACUGUGUGAAAUGGCAGUGUGUUGUACUGAAUGAUGUUCUGGAUACGCAAUGUAUCUGUGUUGUUUUCAAGAACUUUUUUCUUUCUUUCUUUUAGACUACUUUAAUUGUAUUUGUGUAAAAUAUAUCACAUGCAACAUGUAAAAUGCAACAUGUUAUUGCUGGAGAAGAGAUGUCAGAUGUUUAUGAGUAAAUACUUGCAGAUAUAUGA